UUCACACUCACAAUACGCCGUGAAGUAACGGGGUCAGCUCAGUUUACAAAUUUGUUUUCGCGACCCGGCUCCUUUCAUAUAGUAGAAUCAACGUCGUUGAGAAACGUUGGACAUAUAACAACCAAAAAAGAGGUUGACAGGCACAUACGGCACUUCCUAAGAUGUUUGGAAAGUCGUCAAAGAAGUCUAAACAUUCAAAGCUUGGCGACCAAUGGGGUGAAAAUAAAGAUUCCCUUACCGAUGGUGUUCAUUUUUACCUCAAGUACAUUGGCAAUGUGUUGGUAGAAGAGAUUGAGGAAGAAGGACGCAGUUAUGGAGAGGGACAGAGCACAGUGGCUGUUAAAAAUAUUGUAUCUAUGGCAAAAGCCAACUUCAAAAAGAUACGGAAAGUUGUUUUGACUGUAUCACCUCGUGGUAUUAGGGUGGUAGACCUGGCAACCAAAGAAGUUUUAACAGAAAUCUCAAUAUACAGGAUACAGUUUUGCACAGCAGAUAAAGAACAUGAUAAAGUUUUUGCGUUCAUUGCAAGGAAUACAACCAAUGAAACCAUGGAAUGCCAAGCAUAUCUCUGCUCCAAGAGAAAAGUGGCAGAAGCUGUGACACUGACAGUAGCUAAAGCCUUUAAUGUUGCUUAUGAGGACUGGGAAAAUUCAAGGGAAAAGAAGGAGAGUCAAAACUUACAGGAAGGACAAGACAUACCAAUUCAGAAUAAUCACAAUAAUCACAAAAUGGCCUCUCCAUGUUUAAGUAGAAGCUCUGCAGGUUCUCCAGAUAGCAUGGCAUCUAUGUCAUCAGAUGGACACAGCUUACACACAAUCUCUUCUGACCGGUCAGACACCUGGGUGCAAUUUGAUGAUGAUGAUCUGGAUGACUGCUUUUCAAAGCUUGCGGAGUCAAGGAGUAAAGAUCCCAAGGCCUUCCUCCCUACAGACAUGCGACCAGAAGAAUGGGACAAUUUCUUAGAACCCUAUGGAAAAAACUCUUCUUUUGAUCAGUUCUGGCAGAGUUCAGGACAGGAAAAUCUGUUGCAGUUAUAGAACAUCAUUGUUUGCAACAGUUCAGUGUUCCAAAGCACAAAACUAACAGAAGAGGCAAACAGGAAAAUAAACACAACUUGCAAGUGUAGUUCAAAAUUCAAAGGACCAAUGUUGGUGUCUGUUGACCAUUUUUGGCCAGAAAAGGGUAUAAUUUUCAGGAUCUUGAUUCUUUGGUCGAUAUGUAUUUUUUUGGAUAGAGUGCAUAAUACCUGUAUGUUGCGAUGACCUGUGGAUGAUUGAUGAUGCUAACUAAUGACUGAAGCAGAUAGAGACUGCAUUGGAUUUUCUUCUACCAGCUCUUUGAGAGAUUAUCUCAUGACUUUACAUCAAUCUGACAGCUGAUUUGAGUGUGUAUUUUUGACGACAUCAUUAUGUGAAAUGUAUUGAAGCCUUUGAUUUGCCUUGGACUGGACAUUAAUCAAAACCCAGAGCUACUUGAUAAACAUGAUGAGUCAGUAGGUAGAAGAGACUUACCACUGAUUUUAUAUCUUUAUUAUGAAAGAAUGUAAUGAAGGUAAAUAUGAUUUUUGUGCAUAUUGCAUGUGAUAGAAAUCAAAACAUUUGUUGAAUGUUAGUUAUUUUCCUAUUGGCUGUUACAAAAUAGGAAAUUGCAUAUUGUUAAUUUAAGAUUCUUCAAUUAUUAAGUCAUCCCUCUGUAAGCUUGGUCUUUCUGACUUAAGUUUUCUUGUCACGUUUUUUUUAUUAUUUGUUAUAUGGAGGUAUACAAGCGAGUCAGUAUAAAACUGAUAGAACUUAUGCUGCAAUUUGUUAAUAAGAAAUUUACUUCUAAAAAAUACCCUGUUUUAACUUUUUUUACAUCUAAGUAACAUUUUGUCUCAAAGUAAAUGUGCUAAUAUCAGAAGUCAAGGGGGUCAAAGGCAGUGGCUUAUCAGCUAUAUGACUUCCAUCUACCUUCUUGCCUUCUCAGAUGUGCUUCCCACAGUAUGUUCCCAUCAUAUUUGAUAUAGGAUGUACAUGUUUUCUGUUGCAUGUCAUUUAUUCUAAAGUUGCCAUUGUGAUGUGUGCUUAAUCCAAGUGUCAAAGUCACAAUAUUGCAAUCUAACUGUAUGUUUCCACCCAGUCUUAAAACUUCAAUAAACCUGUGAGCAGCUUAAUAUAUUGGAGUGAUCUGACACUGGGUCUAAAUAAGUAUACUUUGUAAUGUAUGUUUAUGUUAUACUUUUUCAUACUGUUGACAUUAGUGGAAUAAAACCUAUUUUUUGUACGC